AUGGCGGCCAGUGCGUCUGAUGCCGCAGCCCAUGCAAACCCCAACACGUCCGCUACUCCAACCUACACGGCCCCGAUCGUCGUCGCGCGUGACCGCGAAAACUGGCCCUACCAUAUCAUCGUCUCUAAUCUUCCUGACAACACCAACUGGUUUGAUCUCAAAGACUUCAUCACCUGCCGCAACCUUUCUCGGCUAAAUAUCUUCAUCCAGUUGGCCAAGAACUGGGGAUGGAUUCAGGUCAUCGGUUUUUCGGACUUUGUGCUAGUUAUGACGGUUCUCAAAUCCUAUUCCUUCUGCAGUCACAAGCUCCGGAUUAUCGACGAGAACGUGGAACAAGGCACGCCCGGGUCCAAUAUCAUCCAAGGGCCCUUCAUAUGGACCUUGAACUCGCCGUUGCCUCCGAUGCCGCAUGGCGUCUCGCCUCCUUGA